UCCUCUCUUCACUUGCCAUUUCCUUUUCUUCACUCUUUCUCUCUCUCUCUCUAUAUAUAUAUAUAUAUAUUUUCUUUUUAGCCCUUUUACUCUCUCUCUCUUUCUGCAUGCCAAUGUUGGUAUGGCGUGAGUGUUCCAGGCUUUGAUCUCAUGUUCUUCGCUCCGAUCCUCCUCCAACUACGGAACGCAAUUUUCACUGUUUCCUUCAGUUUAUUGCUCAGGUUCUGCUUCUCUGCCAGCAGGAAUAAGAUUCUUGUUUUUUUGGGAAAUUGAGCUUAUAUCUUUGGAUUUUAGCUUCAACACUCAAGUCCUGUUCGGGAACUAUUAUUUAAGAGAUGAGUCAAAUGACAAAUGAGGUUGAUGACAAUGUGCACCGCAAUGAUCAGACCAGGUCACAGUUAAAUGAUGAGGGUAAUGGAGAUGUUGUUCUGAAGAAAGGGCCAUGGACAUCUGCUGAAGAUGCUAUUUUGGUGAACUAUGUCAACAAGCAUGGAGAGGGGAACUGGAAUGCUGUUCAGAAGUACUCAGGCCUGUCUCGUUGUGGAAAAAGUUGUCGAUUGCGAUGGGCCAAUCACCUAAGGCCAAAUUUAAAAAAAGGGGCUUUUACUGCACAAGAGGAGCGGUUGAUUGCUGAACUCCAUGCCAAAAUGGGAAACAAAUGGGCACGCAUGGCAGCGCACUUGCCUGGUCGUACAGAUAACGAAAUUAAAAACUACUGGAACACCCGGAUCAAGAGGCGUCAACGGGCAGGCUUGCCACUUUAUCCUCCAGAAGUAUUUUUGCAAGCAUUUAAAGAGAGCAAGCAUGGCCAAGGCACUAGUGGAAUCAGUGAUGGUGAUAAUAGGCAUCAAGAUUUCUUGGAUAAAAACAAUUAUGAGAUACAUGAUGCAGUAUUUGACAGUUUGAAGGAAAAUCAGGGAAUCUUACCUUAUGUGCCUGAGCUUCCUAAUAUUUCUGCUAAUAGCAUUCUGCCAAAUGGUCUUGGUUCUCCUCCAUAUUGUAAUUUUGUGCCAUCAACAUUACCUAAUCAUCUUCGAGAGUCAACAAUGUCUUUUCUUGGUUCCAGUGGAUUGAGCAGGAAUGAGUUUUAUCCAUUUGACCAUAUCAAGGAUAAUACUUCUGAUAAGAUUGCAGAUUCAUUUGGAUUGCAUUCUCCCCUUGAUCGUGGUGCCUCCUCACAUGGUUCAAUUUGUUACAGCCAUUCACUAUCAAAUGGCAAUUCCUCUACUUCUAAGCUGACUACUGAGGCUGUGAAGUCAGAGCUCCCUUCACUCCAAUAUCCAGAAACCGAAUUUGGUAGUUGGGGCACCUCUCCCCCACCUCCAUUGAAUGAGUCUGCUGAUGUUUUCAUUCAUUCUCAGCCACCUAAUGCACUAGACUCAGGUUGUUCUUCACCACAUAACAGUGGCUUGCUUGAUGCAUUAGUUUAUCAGGCAAAGACUCUUAGUUCAAAGAAUAAUUGUUCUGACAAGAGUUCAAAUUCAUCUGUUGCAACCCCUGGUGACAUAGCUGAGAGUUCCGCUUUGAACAUGUAUGCAACAGAAUGGGAGGAUUAUGCUGACCCUGUAUCUCCCUUUUGUGCAACUUCAAUCCUGAAUGAGUGUCCUGCUGUUAGCACCAAUGGAAACUCAUGGGAUGAAUGGGAAUCUUUUCAGACCAUUACUGAAAAUUUUGCAGGCAACAACAAUGUGAAAAUGCAGUCAGUUGACCAGGUAUGGGCCCCAAAGAGUGAGAAUCAAUACAUGUCUAAUCUCACUUGGCCAGAUGUCUUGCUAACUUCAGAAUGGCACGACCUAUAUUCUGAAAAUGGCGUGAACCAAACCAUCAUGACCGAUGCUAGUGAUGAUUUUAGCAGACAGUAAGCAUCUCUGUAUGUGGCUAGUGGAACCUAUUCUUCCAAUACAUGAGGUUGUUUCUCGUGUAUGGAUUAACAUGAUUUCUUUUUGGCAAUUGUCCGAUCUUCAUUCAGAAAACUGCUGAAUGUAUGAUUCAAAACUUUCUAGUAUUCAUUUAUGUUUGCUUACUAUGUAAUAUGGUUAAUCAGGUGUAAUAUCUCCUGUUCUGAGAUUUAGGUGUGACUUGUGGUCAGAACCUUGUGCCUUUCUCGUGUAGCUUUAUAAAUUCUCUCAAGUGAACCGUCUUGAAACUCUUUAGGACAAAUUGCUUUUGCAGGUUUUUGAAUAAUUUGUAGAAUAAAAUCUCACUUGAAACUUUGGACAGC